UCAUCGAACUAUUAAUGCGUCAUCCAACACUAAAUAACAAGAAACUGUAUUCUUUCUCUCACUCCCAGAACUGUUUAAAUUAUUCAUUCCACUUCAAUCUCCGGACGCUUUCUUUAUCAAUUAGGUUGCCCUAGAAAGAGAGAGGCAAGUUCGUAACGAAAUUGGUAAUUUGAUCAGCUUUGUACAAGUAGAAGGGUAAAGGAAUCUCCACCCAGCGCCAUGGCUAACCCUUGGUGGACAGCCCAAGUGGGCCUGCCUCCGGGCCUCGAACCUCCAGGGACCUCACCCUUAUUAAGCAAGCGCGAUCUCGAAAUAUCCCCAAUCGGAAAUGGAGAAAGAAGUGGGAUUACCCGUGCUGAUGAUGAUGAUGAUGAUAUGGACAACAACAAUGGCGAGCCCAAGGAGGGUGCGGUUGAGGUCGGAACCCGUAGACCAAGAGGCCGCCCGGCCGGGUCCAAGAACAAGCCAAAGCCGCCGAUCUUCGUGACUAGGGAUAGCCCAAGCACCCUAAAGAGCCACGUGAUGGAGGUGGCUGGAGGUGCUGAUGUCUUGGAAAGUAUGGCCAUCUUCGCCCGGAAGCGCCAAAGAGGGGUUUGUGUCCUGAGCGGAAGUGGCGCCGUAGCUAAUGUGACACUGAGGCAGGCGGUUGGCCCCGGAGCCGCGGUGGCACUGCACGGACGAUUCGAGAUCCUUUCCCUGACAGGGACCUUCCUUCCAGGUCCUGCACCUCCUGGAUCGACAGGGCUCACGAUUUAUUUAGCCGGAGGACAGGGCCAAGUAGUAGGUGGUUCUGUGGUCGGAUCGCUCACUGCAGCAGGUCCCGUCAUGAUAAUAGCCGCAACUUUUGCCAAUGCCACUUAUGAAAGAUUGCCCCUACCAGAGGAGGAUGAAGAUAACAAAGGAGGGCAAGCUCGGGCUGCCGGUUCAGGUGGAUCGCCGCCUGCAGAGAGUAGUAACGGUACCGGACUGCCUCCUCCAAAAGUUGUUCCUGACCAUCCACACCUACAAGCCUACAGCUUGCCCCCGAAUGUCGUUGCCAAUGGUACUAUUGGCCAUGAUGCUUUUGUUAGCUGGGCUCAUGUUCGACCGCCGUUCUAACAAUCAGGUAAAAAAUAAAAGGACUGGCGCAAUUCGACUGUGUUGAAAUAAUAAGUUUUAUAGAUGGAAAGGAGUCGAGAGAUAUAUAUGUAUUGAAGAAAACCUUGAGAUCAGAUACUCACUGUAUAUGAAUCUUCCUCUCUGUUUUGCCUCCGUGUGUUCGCAAUAAGGAUUAUCUUCCUCUCACUUUCCCUAGUAAUGUUUUAUUGCUAAUAAGUGAUUGUUUUAAAUUAAUAAAAAAGAAAAAGAAAAAGUCGAUUUCUGUGAUUUUUAA